CCCAUCAAUAUGACGAAUAAAGAAUAUUUAGUUUCAAAAGCUGAUCAAUUCGGUUAUUUUCUAAGAAAUUCUAUUUGUUCAAAAUUUGUUAUAAAAAUGAAACUUUUCUGUUUUUUAAUAACAUUUGUUAUUGUAAACGUAUUAGCAAAUGAUGAAGUGACAUAUUAUAAGGAGGUUGUUUUUCUUACAAAUGAAGCUAUCGAGAUUGCGUACAGUACGAAUGAUUUAAUUGUAGGAGACAUAUCUUCAAUAAAUGGAUUGGAGCAUGUAAUUGAAAAAAUGGUUAAUGAUGAAGAUUCUUACAAGUGUUUCGCCCAACUUAAUUUGAUGAUCGCUGUACCGGACCAAACGGACCUUAUCAACUAUAUACCGCGCUUAGAUUGCUUUUCCCUAAGAGGAAUGGAAGACGUUACCCCAAUGAAAAGAUGCAUAGAUUACCAGGAUUUUAUGCAACACGAAAUGAAAUAUACAUUAGGCAUUGAUUAUCCCAUAGCUGAUGAAAACCAAGAUUUUGAAGGCUUAAAUUUGACAACACUUGCAGAACAAAGAAGAAGUUGGGUUAAAACAGCUUUAAAAAAUAUAUUCAGACGUAAAUUAAGAUCCAUGUACGACCAGUUUAUGUUGCAAUUAGGAAUUAGAAAUACAUUAAAUUUGGUAGGCUCAAAUUUGGCAACCCUUAUAGAAGAGAGAAGAAUUUCUGGAACAUCUUUAGAAAAUACAAUCAGACGACGUGUAUUAGGAACUAAUAUUCCUGAAGUUGUUGAAGACCAAAAUGGAUCUGUACGUGAUUACUCUUUAUUACCGUUGUGUCGUUUGAUGGGAUUAUACUUGAGUACAUUAUUUCCAACAUCAUACAUAAAAGAGCUUUGGAUAAACCCCAAUGUUAGUACUUGUACUAUGGAUGAUGGAACUACACUAAGAGUAUUCAAAAAAAUCAAUGGCGUGUGGUCGCAAAUAAGCUCAAUCAAUCAACUACUUGAGGAUCUUUUAAUUUAAU